AAAGGGCGAAUAGAAUGUGCAGUAGUCAGUCCGCGGCGGUUGCUCGUCGAGCGCAAACCUAGCUCGACGGGACUCGCACGAUUGCCGUGGGUCGAUAAGCUCCAAAUUUAAGAACGCAAUUGUGCGACGAGCGUGGCGUGCGGGUACUUUACGCGGUGCGUUGCGAGUGAAACAGAACUACAAACUACAGUUUCGUUAGGGCGAGUGAAAUGAAAUGGAGCGACUGCAUCGCGAUCCGUACAAAGGCCGCGGUUAAUUGCCAACGUCAACUGGGUGACAAUGAGUGCCUCGAUUCUCGGCUGAUCAGCAGGGCGCGUAGCGCAACGUGCUCGCUCACGCGCGUUACACGGACUCAUCGCAUGACUCAGAAUUCGUCGCUGGCUUCCCGUAAACAACCCUCCUUACUCAUCGUCUCUCGCUCCGAAUGGCCAUGGUACCAUUUACGCGUCAGUUUCACGUACAUCGAAGGUUGCAGCAUUGUUCCAUUAAAUCCACGUCGAUUUUGAUCGAUGCGUUAUACAUCUUAAUCGCUCAUUCCUAAGCCCCUAAACUAAGAUCUAAACGGAUUAUACCAUAAAUCUCCGUGAACCUAGUGUUAAAUAAACAUUCACCACGUUAGAUUUUGGAUCAGAGUUAAUUUCGAUUUCUCUUGUCCUCGACGCACUUUACAGGAAUCAUCCUAGGAGAGAUUUCCUUCGGUAUGUCGGUAGACAAUUCAAACGAAGAGCCGGAUCGUCCGUAUCCAACGAUUCGCGCGAUGAUAACCGCUAUCAUCGUUGUGUGCGGCUCGUAUCCGCGAUGGUGAUAUAAAACAGGCGCAGGCGAUGUCACCGUGUAUUAGUGUGCCGCGUUGAGAACAAGGAACUCGGCUAAGCGACUUCGGCGUCAGUCUUCUUCCGCGAUCUGUCGCGCGCGCCGAGCUUUCGUCCGUUCUUGCGACGCGCGUACUCUCGAUCGGUGUCACCCCCGCGGGCGAGAGCGAAUCGCUCGGCAGCGACUGGAUUUUACAUCGUCGAACCUGCACUGUCGGGCGUGCAUUCUCCGUUUCGACGUUUAUCGUUGCACUUAUCCGAGGGACGCGGCCGAGGACUAGAUAAACGGGCGUCUCGCCUUUAUCGUCCCGGCGGGCGAAAGUUUUCGGACCGUUAUCGUCCGUCGGAUGCACUUUUUCGAGCCGGAGUUCCGUCGCGCAGUCGCGGUAAACUCCAGGAGAAACCGCUGUCGGCCGUUCUUCGGGCAAUUUCUUCGGGGGCAUCCGGUGUCGUAAAGUCGCGAGAGGCGCGCAGGAAAGCGGCUCGGGUAAUGGGUUCAACGGAACGGGCGUGAAUCGGUCGUUGGCAGUCAGAGAUCCAGCAUGCCGUCGAAGUCGAAAAUCGAGAUGACGGAGGGGAACGACGGAAUGCAAUUGCAGCGCUGCUCGGACCGGCCGCCCACGCAGGACGCGGUGCCGUUGUCGCACCUGAGAAAAAUGGCACCCGCCAACAUCGAAUUUAGUAACCUGACUUACACGAUACCUUACAGCGGAAAAGGUCCGAAAGCGAUUUUAAAAGGCAUCAGCGGCCAGUUCAGGUCCGGAGAGCUCUCAGCGAUCCUGGGCCCGUCCGGUGCUGGGAAAUCCACGUUGCUGAACAUCCUCGCAGGAUAUAGAUCGACCGACGUUACCGGCCAUGUGAGCGUCAACGGGCGAACGGAGUGCAUCGAUCGCCUGAGAAAACUCUCUUGUUACAUUAUGCAGGAAGAUCUGCUGCAGCCGAGGCUCACGGUGUUCGAGGCGAUGCAGUUCACCAUGGACUUGAAGCUCGGCAACGUUCCGGGGGAAACGAAGCUCGCUGCUAUCGAAGAAAUCCUUGAAGUUCUACGACUGAAGCGCGCGAGAAACACAGUCACCGAGAAUCUGUCGGGCGGCGAAAGGAAAAGACUCUCGAUCGCCUUGGAGCUUACGAACAAUCCCCCAGUGAUAUUUCUCGAUGAGCCGACCACGGGACUGGACGAAAUAUCAGCUCUGCAAUGCGUGGAUAUGCUGAAGCAGGUGGCGCAGUUGGGGAGGACCGUGAUCUGUUCGUUGCACACGCCGAGCGCGACAAUGUUCUCCAGGUUCGAUCACAUUUACGUGAUAGCCGAAGGUCAGUGCGUCUACAGGAGCACCGUGGACGAUCUCGUGCCGUUCCUCCAGCAGGUCGGCAUCGAGUGCCCGAAGCACUACAAUCCCGCCGAUUUCAUGAUAGAAGUAUCAGCGGGCGAGUACGGAACGGAAUGGAUCGGCCGAUUGAUGAGUUUCGUCGACACGGAGCUGCCGAUCGUCCCAAUUUCCCCGUGGUCCAAGGAGAAGGAGCAGUUCGCGAAAGAGACGAUCAGCGUGCCCUGGCUCGAUCAGUUCGUCAUUUUAUCGAAAAGGAUGCUGUUGCAGUUGUACAGGAACAGGAGCUAUGUAUAUAUGAAACUCAGCAUUCACGUGUUCCUCGGCUUGGUGAUCGGCGCGCUGUUCCAAAACGUUGGGAACGACGGAACGAAGAGUUUGUUCAACUUUGGCUUCUGCUUCGCCUCUUUGAUGAUAUUCCUCUACGUACCCAUGUUACCGACAUUGAUGCAGUUUCCUGCGGAAGUGCAACUGGUCAAACGUGAAUACUUCAACAUGUGGUACAACUUGAGCCCGUAUUACUGUGCAUUCACCGUAGUCAGCAUACCGACGCGGAUAAUGGAGUCAACGAUAUACCUGUCGAUAGCGUACCUGAUCACGGGGCAACCUUUGGAGCUCUUCAGGUGCUCCUUGUUCUUUAGCAUCUGUAUCAUGUGCAUGUUCAUCGCGGAGAGUAUGGCUUUGGCUGUGGCGAGCACCUUAAGUACCAUAAACGGACUGUUCGUUGGGACUGUUAUGACGGUACCUUUAAUGUUGUUCGCGGUACAGGGUUUAGGCGAGACAAAACCGUUGCCCAUUUAUCGUAGUCUGACGAUGUACGUGAGUUAUAUACGGUACGGCUUAGAAGGACUCGUGACUAGCUUGUACGGUUACAACAGAGGAAAACUGUAUUGCCCGCCGUCGGAGUACUUCUGCUACUUUGCGGUACCACAGCAACUUUUGCUGAUAAUGCGGAUGGAACACGUACAAAUGUGGAUAAACAUUUUCGCCCUGCUAGUCGUUCUUCUUGCGAUGAAGAUCCUUACUUUUUAUUUACUGAGACAGAGGCUCACGCCGAACAAGACAUUCCAAGCCCUUCGUCUUGCCGGUAGAUUAAUAAAGGGACACCUUAACAUCAAUACUUAAAGCUCACUUCUCUAAUCUCGAUGCAGCGUCUACGGGGUUAAAGAGAAUCCGAUGUUCUCCUGCAUCCCCUAACGAAGGGUAGGUCUAAAUUAAUCACGGUUUAUUAGUAACUACUAUUUUGCGGAGCGUUUGUACGCAUCGUUCCAGUUGAAGCAUUGUUUUACCCCCUGCCGUACAAUGACGAGUGAGACUCAAUGAAGAUUUCCAGAUUAAUUGAACAAGAAUGUUCGUUAUCCACGGAUCAAAGCAAAAAACUAUUUCGUUAUCAAUGUAUUAUUAAAUGAAAUAUCCGCUUCAAAUAGAACAGAUCAUUUUGUUAUAUUUCCAAAUUGAUAGUAAAAUGCUACGCGAGCUCAGUAGCGAAAGUGAAUGAUACGGCAAGAGGUUAACAAUAGAUUUACGGAGCGCGUCAGUUUGAUACGUAUUGAAUUUUAUAAAUAUUUAGUAAAAAAUAAAAAUUAUUACUAUUCGAUGCAAGAUAUCAAUAAUUCCGAAACAAACAUUGAAACCAGUCUAAACGACUGAUACGGUAGUUCUACUGUUAACCCUUAUCACUCUAGGUUGUUCUGUAAUCUAUCAGCAACUGCAACUAAUUUUUAUAGUAUUCCCAGCGAAAAUGAAUGCUAUAACAUUUCUUCGAUUUAUUUUCCUUAGUACAAAAUUUGGAUAUGUGGAAAAUCUGAUAAUUCUAGGGUAGUUUCUUUAAGAUUCAUUAAAAUAUUAUAACUGGUGCAAUAUUGGAGCCUACAGAGUUCAAAGGGUGAAACAUCGCGUAAAUCAUUUCUUGUUGCGUACAACGACAGUGGCGACUCAUUGUGUUGGUGCACGGAACUGCGAUGCGAGCUGAUUUACACGUAAGCGUGUAGGGUUGCAUGCGAGAAGGGUUAUUGUAAUAAAGAAUAUGGAGCCGAUGCAAGGAUGAAUGUGAUGUAGUCAAAUCGUACGCGUACGCUUGCCUGCAAUCGUUUCCCAAGUUCCGAGUCAAUAGUAUUCGCGGAUAACGGUCGCGUUUAGUAGAUAAUUUAUAUGAAAUUCGCUCGUUUAAACAUUGCACGUUACAUAACGUGAUUCAUACCGACACUUGGGCCUAUACAGGUGCGAAUUUACGAGGUGAUAAGUUCAACGUCUCGAAAACACUGCGAGUGCUCGACGCGUGCUUGGCUAACGGUUGCGUACGUCGGGAAGCAUACAUGGCGGAGAAAUUGAAUGUUGAUGCUAACGGAUCGAUCGAAAAAUUCGAAACUCAAAGGUUCCCGUGUACGUCGAAGCAUACGGAACUUCGAACCGUUACAUGAUAUUAUAUUUUUACUCGACUUUUGUACACGUUAUCGGAAUAAACCACUGAGAAGUACAUUCGAAAGCGUUCCACGAGGAACUGUGUUCGGGAACAAAGGAAUCAACAGAUGAUCACGGCUAAUCGUUAUCUGCUCUCGGCUUGACGGCGGUCGAGCAACGGAACGGGAAAGCGUCGGCUG